CCCUUGACUGUAGUUUUGAAGGGUCCCUUGAGCUUGGGUGUGGCUAAAAAACCUCAAAAGCUCGAGCUUGGCUGCUUCGUACGAGCAUUUCACACUUGCAGGAGUCGACCAGGCUCCAUUAUAACUCUCUCGUUACCGGAACACCACUGAGAAGAAAGAAUCUUAACCCUUUCUUAGCAUCUCGUUUCGCAGAUCCUCCGACAUUGCAAGUAACAAAACCCUAAUGCUGCAGCAGCAUCAACACCACCUCCAGUCCGCCGCUACGGCGGCACCGCCACUUCCACCUCCGGCGACGUCAACACCUCCAUCAUCAACCGCCGGGGAGGCGCCACCGAAGCAGGUGGCACUAGCGAUGGACAGACUCGGACACGCCGCUAGACUCAUCGCCGACAUCCGUCUAGGUGCCGAUCGACUUCUGGAAGCCCUAUUUGUGGCCGCGCAGCCGCAUCAAAGCUCCAAACCUCUCCACUUGUUCCGCCAAGAAGAUGACUCCAUGCGCCAACACCUCCAAGACCUCCGCACUAUUGGAAGGCAGCUGGAGGAAUCUGGAGUGUUAAAUGAGUCACUUAGGUCAAGGAGUAAUUCUUGGGGUUUGCAUAUGCCAUUAGUCUGUCCUGAUGGUGCCGUGGUGGCUUACGCUUGGAAACGACAGCUUGCUGGCCAGGCUGGUGCAUCUGCUGUUGACCGGACAAGGCUUGCUCUCAAAGCCUUCACAGACCAGAAAAGGCGAUUUUUUCCUCACCUUGACGAUGAACAAAAUGGUCAGGGUACUGAUUCUGUGUCAAAGAAACACCGCAGUUCACAAGCUCUGCUGGAAGAUAACCAAGAUAAUCUUAGCGAUUGCAAAACAUUAUCAGAUGUUCUGACAAGUUUGGAGAAAGACAUGCCAAAUUUGAAAGUUUUGACUUAUGAGAGACUGGACUGGUUGAAAAGAGCUUCUUCAUUGCCUGCUUCGGCAAAUGAUAAUACCAUGGAAGUCCCAAAACAUAAUUUUCACAGCUCAAGUAUACUCAGACCAGGACCCCAGAAUGUUGUUUCUAUGGAUAAGGUUGCUGUAAUUGAGCUGUUGUUUCCUUCCGUCUUCAGAGCUGUAGUAUCGUUACAUCCAGCUGGUUCUACUGAUCCAGAUUCAGUGGCUUUCUUUUCUCCAGAUGAGGGUGGCAGCUACAUACAUGCUAGAGGUUCUUCAGUCUAUCAUGUAUAUAGGCACAUCACGGAGCAUGCUGCUGUCGCCCUCCAGUAUUUUCUUGGAAUCAGAAGUGAAACAGCACUCCAUUCUCUUUUGCACUGGAUCUGCAGCUAUCGAAGUUUAUUUACUGACAUCUGCAGCAAAUGUGGACGGCUACUGGCAAUGGAAAAGCAAUCGGCUUUGCUCUUACCUCCAGUCCAUCAUCCUUAUCGGACAUUUUCUCCGUCAAAAGCUUCGUCGACGCAAGCAAUUGCCUCAACAGGAGAUCAAAGUUGUAGUGCCCCCAGAGCUUAUCAUAUUGGUUGCUUUUCGGAUGAAGCAUAGUGUGAUUAAUGAGGCAAGGUGUGACAGCGGAGCUAGGAAAUAGAAAGAUUGAAUUAAGUAGUGACGAAAAGAGAUUGUCUUGACUCCUAGGUUUGUCAUCUGUUUUGUGUUGGUAUGUAUUAAUUUAUUUAUUUUACGGUUCAGCCUUGGCUCCUGUUUGUGGUUGUUGAUCUGGAAAGUUUGUAUCGUGCGGUUUGUUGUAGUUUAAUUUAAACAAGAAGAGUUAUUGGUUAAAUCCACCAUAAGAGUCAUGUAUGUAAAACCAUAAUUUGUAAAAAGACAAGGAAAUAAAGGAAUGAUAA